CGAGAGCGGAUCAAAAGAAUGGGAAAUGCCAGCAGACCUUUUAGAAGAAUUGCUUAUUUCUUAUGCCUUUUAUCUGUGCUUUUGCUGACUGAAGGGAAGAAACCAGUGAAGCCAAAAUGUCCUGCCUGGUGUACUUGUACCAAAGAUAAUGCUUUAUGUGAAAAUGCCAGAUCUAUUCCUCGCAGCGUUCCGCCUGAUGUUAUCUCACUAUCCUUUGUGAGAUCUGCUUUUACUAAAAUCCCAGAAGGGAGUUUUUUGCUCACACCAUCUCUGCAGCUUCUGUUGUUUACGUCCAACACUUUUGAUGUUAUUAGUGAUGAUGCUUUCAUGGGCCUUCCUCAUCUAGAAUAUUUGUUCAUAGAGAACAACAACAUUAAGUCAAUUUCAAGAAAUACUUUCAGAGGACUGAAAUCUUUAAUUCACUUGAGUCUCGCAAAUAAUAAUCUCCAGUCACUUCCAAAAGACAUAUUUAAAGGCUUGGAUUCUUUAACAAAUGUAGAUCUUAGAGGCAAUGCAUUUAAUUGUGACUGCAAACUGAAGUGGUUAGUGGAGUGGCUGGGCAGCACCAAUGCAACAGUUGAAGACAUUUACUGUGAAAGCCCACCAGAAUAUAAGAAACGCAAAAUCAAUAGCCUCUCUCCAAAAGAGUUUGAUUGCAUUAUUACAGAAUUUGAAGUUUACCAGUCCCUGCCAUACCAAUCUCUGUCAGUAGAUACUUUCUCAUAUAUGAAUGACGAACACGUGGUUAUUGCCCAGCCUUUUACUGGAAAAUGCAUCUUUCUUGAAUGGGACCAUGUAGAAGUGAUGUUCAGGAAUUACGACAACAUUACAGGUACUUCGACUGUUGUGUGUAAACCUAUAGUUAUUGAGAGUCAGCUGUAUGUCAUUGUCGCACAGCUUUUUGGAGGCUCCCACAUAUAUAAAAGAGAUAUUUUUGCUAAUAAGUUUAUAAAAAUUCAAGAUAUUGAAAUCCUUAAAAUCCGAAAACCCAAUGACAUUGAAACUUUCAGGAUUGCUGAAGACUGGUAUUUUGUUGUUGCAGACAGUUCAAAGGCUGGUUUCACCACAGUUUACAAGUGGAAUGGGAAUGGAUUUUAUUCCCAUCAGUCUCUGCACGCCUGGUACAGAGAUACUGAUGUGGAGUAUCUUGAAAUAUCUGGCAAACCACAUUUAAUUCUGUCAAGUAGUUCGCAAAGACCUGUAAUAUAUCAAUGGAACAAAGGAACAAAUGAAUUUGUUAAGCGGUUUGAUAUUCAAGAUAUGGAAGAUGCAUAUGCAGUGAAGCAUUUCAAAGUGAAAGAGGAUGUAUACAUUUGCUUAACAAGAUUUAUUGGGGACUCUAAAGUAAUGAAAUGGGGUGGUUCAGCAUUUCUGGAUUUACAAAGGAUGCCAUCCCGAGGGUCAAUGGUAUUCCAACCACUUCAGAUAAAUAAUUAUCAAUAUGCCAUUCUUGGAAGUGAUUAUUCUUUCACUCAAGUCUAUUACUGGGAUGCGGAAAAGGCAAAAUUUGUGAAGUUUCAAGAAUUAAAUGUACAGGCACCGAGAUCGUUCAUACAUGUCUCCAUCGAUAAACAAAGAGAUUUUCUCUUUGCUUCAAGUUUUAAGGGAACUACAUUGAUUUAUAAACAUGUCAUAGUUGACUUAAGCGCAUGA